AUGGCUGCCGAGAGCGAGAAGCAGAAUUUCUUUGAGCCCAUUGGCAACAAGGCUCAGGGCCUGUCAACAACCGCAAAUGGCGACUCAGCAGAGGAGGAGUUUAAACCCGUGGACGAGAUUGAGUCGCUGUGCAUGAACUGCCACGAAAAUGGCAUAACAAGACUUCUCCUAACCGUCAUCCCCUACUUCCGCGAGGUCGUUAUCAUGUCCUUUGCCUGCGACCACUGCGGCCUCCAGAACAAUGAGAUCCAGCCCGCCGGCACCAUCCAGCCCAAGGGCACACACUACGAACUGCGCCUGCCCGCGCUCGACGACUUCUCCCGCCAGGUCGUCAAGGCCGACACCGCGACCGUCAAAUUUAUCGAGAUCGACCUCGAGAUCCCCGCCGGCCGCGGCCAGCUGACAAAUGUCGAGGGCCUGCUACAGGGCGUCGUCGACGACCUCGAGAUGGGCCAGGAGGCACGCAAGGAGCAGGCCCCCGAAAUCUUUGACAAGGUCGCCGAGAUCAUCAAGAAGGCCAAGGCCAUGCUGGCGGGCGAUUCGUUCCCCUUCCGCGUCUAUGUCGACGACCCCGCCGGCAACUCCUUCAUCGCGCCCGACCUCAAGGACGGCGUCGGCAAGUGGGAGAAGCACGAAUUCGCCCGGACGGCCGAGCAGAACCAGGCUCUCGGCCUUGGUGACACCGACGACACCGCCGAUGCCACACUCAACAACCCGGGCUACCAACCGGGCACAACGGCCGACGGCGACAUCAUCCCCAACGAGGUGUACAGCUUCCCGGCCACCUGCCCCGGCUGCAUGCACUCGUGCACGACGCACAUGAAGAUGGUCGACAUCCCCCACUUCAAGCAAGUCGUGCUCAUGUCCACCGUCUGCGACGCCUGCGGCUACCGCUCCAACGACGUCAAGACCGGCGGCGAGAUCCCUGAGCACGGCGAGAAAAUCACCCUCGAGGUCGACGGCGUCAUCGACCUCGCCCGCGACAUCCUCAAGAGCGAGACCUGCGGCCUCGAGUGCCCCGAGCUCGAGCUGCACGUCAACCCGGGCACCCUCGGCGGCCGCUUCACCACCGUCGAGGGCCUCCUCACCCAGGUCCGCAACGACCUCCACAGCCAAAUCUUCGAGGCCGGCGAGGGCGGCGACUCGCUGCGCUCCGACGAAAAGUCCCAGUGGGACAAGUUCUUUGCCAACCUCGACGACGCGAUUGCGGGCACCAAGCGCUUCACCGUCAUCUUGACCGAUCCCUUUGCCAGCAGCUACGUCCAGUCGCUGGUGGACCCGCCGGCGCCUGAUCCCAAGAUUAAGAGAGAGACGUAUACCCGAACGGAUGAGGAAGAGGAGGAGCUGGGUCUGAAAGACAUGGUGUUGGAAGGAUAUGAAGAGCCUGAAAAGGAAGAGGAAAAGGCUAAGACUGAGGCUGAGGCCGAGGCCAACUAA